GUACUGAUGACACUUAUGCACUUGAGGGCACUAAUAUCAUCUUGAGCUGUGAAGCUGUUGGAAACCCUCUUCCUGUGUAUAGCUGGAUUUGUGAUGGGAAUAACAUGUUGGAGAACACAACCAGUCUCAAUAUCAUUCGAGUAAAUGGCAAUAAAACCUGCACCUGCACAGCUACCAAUUAUCUGGGAAACAUAACCAAGACAAUCCAUCUUCAUGUUGAACCAAGAGGUUGCCCCCUAACACUGACACCUUCUGAAACUGUUGUGAAAUUUGGAGAUCCAGUGUCAAUCAACUGCAGCACAUCAGCCAGAUAUGUUGAAGGAAUGGGCUGGAAGGCUCCUGUUGGAGGUACAGGAUUUGAGCGUCCUCCUGUUGUCACUUGGAGGGUUGAAAAACUAGAAGAGUGGACUUCAAGUCCUUCCUGCUAUGCUACUUUGGUUGAUGGAUCCCAGUGUGCUGUGAGUCCAGUCAUCACUGUUUACAAAACACCAAACAUUGUGUCAAUAUAUCCACUGAAUCAAAGUCAAAUGAUGGAGGAACAAGUACACAUAGUGCCUUACAAUAAAGACACGAGAACACAGUACUGGUUAUGGUGUGACAUCAUAAAUGUUGCUCCCGUUCAACACCUGACUGUGAGAUGGUACAAAAAUAAUAAAACCAUCCAGACAGAGUCUUUCAAUGACACAACAACUAAAACACUGGUGAAUGAGUCCUCUAUUCUGAGAAUUGACAUCAGCAGAGAAGAAAAAGCCACUGAGUUCAGAUGUGAAGCUGAGCUGGACUUUGGACCACAUGGACUAAAACUUCCUGCCACUUCUCAAACACACAGAGUUUCAGCCCACUAUGCUCCUGAGAUCAACACAAGUUGUACUGUUGACAUCUCACCACUUGAGGGCACUAACAUC